GGCACGGGGCAGGGUGUCACAGGGCCCUUUGUGACACGUGAUGACUUAAUACUGGUGGUGAGGUGGCCACGCCUCAGUGCUCCUCGGAGCGUGCGACGGGACAGACGGGACAGAGCGGUGCUGUGCGGAGCCCCGUGCAGCCAACUCGUUCCUUACUGAUCCGGAGCGUUUGGAGUCUUCUCUGUGGUUCAAGCGCCCUCGAGGCCAGACCGCGGGACUUGGUGACCCGGAGUUUUUCUGCGGUGUCUCCAAUCCCUGCGGCAGGUGCCAUCGAGGCCAUUCUCUGGGGCUUCGUGCCCCAGAGCUUUUCCCUGGCGUCUCCAAUCCCUGCAGCAGGUGCCCUUGAGGCCCAACUGUAGGAUGGCAGGGAGACGCUUCAGCCUGUGCAGGGUUCUCAGGAGGAAGAAGAACAACGGAGACCCUGGGACUGCCCCUGCACAGCAGCCUGAAGAGAUGCAGCAGGUCCAGCCCCUGCAGGAGGAUCCAGGCCAAGUGCUGAAGGAAGAGCAGGACCGCGCCCAUGGCCGGUUCCGCAGGGCGGCACAGGCCUUUCUGAAAGUCUUGGGCAUUCGGCGUAGAAAGACCGGCAGAACACCAACCGAGGUCAUGGCACAGCCUGACCCCACGCCGAAGGAGCUCAAGGCAAAGCCUGAUGUCGGCACCGUGUCAACUGAUGGCACAGCAACCUGUGACACCGCGGUGACCGAUGAGCUGAUGGACACCGACAGCUCACCUGUUCAGCGCCUGGCCGAUGCUCCAAGUCUGGACUUUGUUGAGGAGAGCGUUGUCUCUGCUCAAGAAACCAUGGAGCCAGACAGAGGCAUGGAGCAGAGACCCCCCAGGGUGCCCAAGCUGGCCUGGCUGAAGGAGGGGGAGGAGGAACACCCUGGGCCUGCCCCAGCCCAGCACCCUGAGGAUGUGGAGCAGUUCCAGCGCCUGCAAGAGGAUCCAGGCCGAGUCCAGACAGAAGAGCAGGACCGCGCCCAUGGCCGGUUCCACAGGGCAGCACAGGCCUUUCUGAAAGUCUUGGGCAUUCGGCGUAGAAAGACCAGCAUAACACCAACCAAGGUCAUGGCAGAGCCUGACCCCACGCCGAAGGAGCUCAAGGCAAAGCCUGAUGUCGGCACCGUGUCAACUGAUGGCACAGCAACCUGUGACACCGCGGUGACCGAUGAGCUGAUGAACACCGACAGCACACCUGUUCAGCGCCUGGCCGAUGCUCCGAGUCUGGACUUUGCUGAGGAGAGAGUUGUCUCUGCUCAAGUAGCCAUGGAGCAAGACAGAGGCAUGGAGCAGAGACCCCCCAGGGUGCCCAAGCUGGCCUGGCUGAAGGAGGGGGAAGAGGAAAGCCCUGGGCCUGCCCCAGCCCAGCACCCUGAGGAUGUGGAGCAGUUCCAGCCCCUGCAGGAGGAUCCAAGCCAGGUCCAGACAGAAGAGCAGGACCGCGCCCAUGGCUGUUUCCACAGGGUGGCACAGGCCUUUCUGAAAGUCUUGGGCAUUCGGCGUAGAAAGACCGGGAGAACACCAACCGAGGUCAUGGCACAGCCUGACCCCACGCCGAAGGAGCUCAAGGCAAAGCCUGAUGUCGGCACCGUGUCAGCUGAUGGCACAGCAACCUGUGACACCGCGGUGACCGAUGAGCUGAUGAACACCGACAGCACACCUGUUCAGCGCCUGGCCGAUGCUCCAAGUCUGGACUUUGUUGAGGAGAGCGUUGUCUCUGCUCAAGAAACCAUGGAGCCAGACAGAGGCAUGGAGCAGAGACCCCCCAGGGUGCCCAAGCUGGCCUGGCUGAAGGAGGGGGAGGAGGAACACCCUGGGCCUGCCCCAGCCCAGCACCCUGAGGAUGUGGAGCAGUUCCAGCGCCUGCAAGAGGAUCCAGGCCGAGUCCAGACAGAAGAGCAGGACCGCGCCCAUGGCCGGUUCCACAGGGCAGCACAGGCCUUUCUGAAAGUCUUGGGCAUUCGGCGUAGAAAGACCAGCAUAACACCAACCAAGGUCAUGGCAGAGCCUGACCCCACGCCGAAGGAGCUCAAGGCAAAGCCUGAUGUCGGCACCGUGUCAACUGAUGGCACAGCAACCUGUGACACCGCGGUGACCGAUGAGCUGAUGAACACCGACAGCACACCUGUUCAGCGCCUGGCCGAUGCUCCGAGUCUGGACUUUGCUGAGGAGAGAGUUGUCUCUGCUCAAGUAGCCAUGGAGCAAGACAGAGGCAUGGAGCAGAGACCCCCCAGGGUGCCCAAGCUGGCCUGGCUGAAGGAGGGGGAAGAGGAAAGCCCUGGGCCUGCCCCAGCCCAGCACCCUGAGGAUGUGGAGCAGUUCCAGCCCCUGCAGGAGGAUCCAAGCCAGGUCCAGACAGAAGAGCAGGACCGCGCCCAUGGCUGUUUCCACAGGGUGGCACAGGCCUUUCUGAAAGUCUUGGGCAUUCGGCGUAGAAAGACCGGGAGAACACCAACCGAGGUCAUGGCACAGCCUGACCCCACGCCGAAGGAGCUCAAGGCAAAGCCUGAUGUCGGCACCGUGUCAGCUGAUGGCACAGCAACCUGUGACACCGCGGUGACCGAUGAGCUGAUGAACACCGACAGCACACCUGUUCAGCGCCUGGCCGAUGCUCCAAGUCUGGACUUUGUUGAGGAGAGCGUUGUCUCUGCUCAAGAAACCAUGGAGCCAGACAGAGGCAUGGAGCAGAGACCCCCCAGGGUGCCCAAGCUGGCCUGGCUGAAGGAGGGGGAGGAGGAACACCCUGGGCCUGCCCCAGCCCAGCACCCUGAGGAUGUGGAGCAGUUCCAGCGCCUGCAAGAGGAUCCAGGCCGAGUCCAGACAGAAGAGCAGGACCGCGCCCAUGGCCGGUUCCACAGGGCAGCACAGGCCUUUCUGAAAGUCUUGGGCAUUCGGCGUAGAAAGACCGGCAGAACACCAACCGAGGUCAUGGCACAGCCUGACCCCACGCCGAAGGAGCUCAAGGCAAAGCCUGAUGUCGGCACCGUGUCAACUGAUGGCACAGCAACCUGUGACACCGCGGUGACCGAUGAGCUGAUGAACACCGACAGCUCACCUGUUCAGCGCCUGGCCGAUGCUCCAAGUCUGGACUUGGUUGAGGAGAGCGUUGUCUCUGCUCAAGUAGUCGUGGAGCCAGACAGAGGCAUGGAGCAGAGACCCCCCAGGGUGCCCAAGCUGGUCUGGCUGAAGGAGGGGGAGGAGGAACACCCUGGGCCUGCCCCAGCCCAGCACCCUGAGGAUGUUGAGCAGUUCCAGCCCCUGCAAGAGGAUCCAGGCCGAGUCCAGACAGAAGAGCAGGACCGCGCCCAUGGCCGGUUCCACAGGGCAGCACAGGCCUUUCUGAAAGUCUUGGGCAUUCGGCGUAGAAAGACCAGCAGAACACCAACCGAGGUCAUGGCACAGCCUGACCCCACGCCGAACGAGCUCAAGGCAAAGCCUGAUGUCGGCACCGUGUCAGCUGAUGGCACAGCAACCUGUGACACCGCGGUGACCGAUGAGCUGAUGAACACCGACAGCACACCUGUUCAGCGCCUGGCCGAUGCUCCGAGUCUGGACUUGGUUGAGGAGAGAGUUGUCUCUGCUCAAGUAGUCGUGGAGCCAGACAGAGGCAUGGAGCAGAGACCCCCCAGGGUGCCCAAGCUGGCCUGGCUGAAGGAGGGGGAGGAGGAAAGCCCUGGGCCUGCCCCAGCCCAGCACCCUGAGGAUGUUGAGCAGUUCCAGCCCCUGCAAGAGGGUGAGUGGCAGAGCUGGGCCACAGGACUGGUGGCUGCAGCUGAUCCAGGCCAGGUGCUGAAGGAAGAGCAGGACCGCUCCCGGGGCCGCUUCCGCAGGGCGGCACAGGCCUUUCUGAAAGUCUUGGGCAUUCGGCGUAGAAAGACCAGCAUAACACCAACCGAGGUCAUGGCACAGCCUGACCCCACGCCGAAGGAGCUCAAGGCAAAGCCUGAUGUCGGCACCGUGUCAACUGAUGGCACAGCAACCUGUGACACCGCGGUGACCGAUGAGCUGAUGGACACCGACAGCUCACCUGUUCAGCGCCUGGCCGAUGCUCCAAGUCUGGACUUUGCUGAGGAGAGAGUUGUCUCUGCUCAAGUAGCCAUGGAGCAAGACAGAGGCAUGGAGCAGAGACCCCCCAGGGUGCCCAAGCUGGCCUGGCUGAAGGAGGGGGAGGAGGAACGCCCUGGGCCUGCCCCAGCCCAGCACCCUGAGGAUGUUGAGCAGUUCCAGCCCCUGCAAGAGGAUCCAAGCCAGGUCCAGACAGAAGAGCAGGACCGCGCCCAUGGCUGUUUCCACAGGGUGGCACAGGCCUUUCUGAAAGUCUUGGGCAUUCGGCGUAGAAAGACCAGCGUAACACCAACCGAGGUCAUGGCACAGCCUGACCCCACGCCGAAGGAGCUCAAGGCAAAGCCUGCUGUCGGCACCGUGUCAACUGAUGGCACAGCAACCUGUGACACCGCGGUGACCGAUGAGCUGAUGAACACCGACAGCUCACCUGUUCAGCGCCUGGCCGAUGCUCCAAGUCUGGACUUUGUUGAGGAGAGCGUUGUCUCUGCUCAAGUAGCCAUGGAGCAAGACAGAGGCAUGGAGCAGAGACCCCCCAGGGUGCCCAAGCUGGCCUGGCUGAAGGAGGGGGAGGAGGAACGCCCUGGGCCUGCCCCAGCCCAGCACCCUGAGGAUGUUGAGCAGUUCCAGCCCCUGCAAGAGGAUCCAAGCCAGGUCCAGACAGAAGAGCAGGACCGCGCCCAUGGCUGUUUCCACAGGGUGGCACAGGCCUUUCUGAAAGUCUUGGGCAUUCGGCGUAGAAAGACCAGCGUAACACCAACCGAGGUCAUGGCACAGCCUGACCCCACGCCGAAGGAGCUCAAGGCAAAGCCUGCUGUCGGCACCGUGUCAACUGAUGGCACAGCAACCUGUGACACCGCGGUGACCGAUGAGCUGAUGAACACCGACAGCUCACCUGUUCAGCGCCUGGCCGAUGCUCCAAGUCUGGACUUUGUUGAGGAGAGCGUUGUCUCUGCUCAAGUAGCCAUGGAGCAAGACAGAGGCAUGGAGCAGAGACCCCCCAGGGUGCCCAAGCUGGCCUGGCUGAAGGAGGGGGAGGAGGAAAGCCCUGGGCCUGCCCCAGCCCAGCACCCUGAGGAUGUUGAGCAGUUCCAGCCCCUGCAAGAGGGUGAGUGGCAGAGCUGGGCCACAGGACUGGUGGCUGCAGCUGAUCCAGGCCAGGUGCUGAAGGAAGAGCAGGACCGCUCCCGGGGCCGCUUCCGCAGGGCGGCACAGGCCUUUCUGAAAGUCUUGGGCAUUCGGCGUAGAAAGACCAGCAUAACACCAACCGAGGUCAUGGCACAGCCUGACCCCACGCCGAAGGAGCUCAAGGCAAAGCCUGAUGUCGGCACCGUGUCAACUGAUGGCACAGCAACCUGUGACACCACGGUGACCGAUGAGCUGAUGGACACCGACAGCUCACCUGUUCAGCGCCUGGCCGAUGCUCCAAGUCUGGACUUUGCUGAGGAGAGAGUUGUCUCUGCUCAAGUAGCCAUGGAGCAAGACAGAGGCAUGGAGCAGAGACCCCCCAGGGUGCCCAAGCUGGCCUGGCUGAAGGAGGGGGAGGAGGAACGCCCUGGGCCUGCCCCAGCCCAGCACCCUGAGGAUGUUGAGCAGUUCCAGCCCCUGCAAGAGGAUCCAAGCCAGGUCCAGACAGAAGAGCAGGACCGCGCCCAUGGCUGUUUCCACAGGGUGGCACAGGCCUUUCUGAAAGUCUUGGGCAUUCGGCGUAGAAAGACCAGCGUAACACCAACCGAGGUCAUGGCACAGCCUGACCCCACGCCGAACGAGCUCAAGGCAAAGCCUGCUGUCGGCACCGUGUCAACUGAUGGCACAGCAACCUGUGACACCGCGGUGACCGAUGAGCUGAUGAACACCGACAGCUCACCUGUUCAGCGCCUGGCCGAUGCUCCAAGUCUGGACUUUGUUGAGGAGAGCGUUGUCUCUGCUCAAGAAACCAUGGAGCAAGACAGAGGCAUGGAGCAGAGACCCCCCAGGGUGCCCAAACUGGCCUGGCUGAAGGAGGGGGAGGAGGAACGCCCUGGGCCUGCCCCAGCACAGCACCCUGAGGAUGUGGAGCAGUUCCAGCCCCUGCAGGAGGAUCCAGGCCAAGACUGA